AUGUCAAAUACAACGGAAAAUUUCAGCCGCUGGGCUCUCGUAUCAUGUCUUUAUGGCCCCGGCACCUUCUGGAGCUGGCUCAUCAUCGUAGCCUCCGUCUUUAUAAGCUGGACCAUCAACCCAGCCACGGAACGUUUGGACUCCAUCACAAACGACACAAUCGCCGCGCUUACACUACCUGUAGUCGCAGCUGUAGAUGCACUCUACCAACUCGCCAAACAUGAUCUACCUGAUCGUCCGCGGUUGCUUUUGAGCGAUUCACCAGAAGAUAUCCAACUCGUCGCUGCGCUUGAGGCCCCGCUUGCUAUUUGCGAAGUCUACGUUGUGCUGGCUAUUUUCCUACAUAGCGCUGCGUCGAGGCGAUAUCAGUGGAAGAGGGUGGGUUGCAUUACUUUAUCGACUCUUUUGUGCUUCUCGCCGCAAUUGGCUAUCUUCUUUACAUACCCUGAUCUUCCUGACUCAAGAAGUACUUUUGCUCGACCAUUUCUCUUCAACUUUGUUCUUGCGCUGGGCUUCAUAUCGGGGAUCAUGGCUAUCAUGACUGGUGUAUCGAUAAUUCGCACAGUUGUUGUCACCAUGUAUCGAAGAGCCAAGCCCCCUAGCACUGAAGACCAGGACGUGUCGAAGGAAAGACGCAGUAGGUUCGAGAAAUGGUCGGAUAUCUUUGCCUAA